CCCACAGUAGACUUGAUGAAAGGCAACCAAUAGAAAAUUUGUGAAGUUGUUGGAAAGAGAGACAUGCCUUUCCCUUGAUUUGAAGCGCAAUGAACAAAAGGGGACGACAGUGGAUUAUCAAGUAAGCAUAAGCAUCUGCCAUUCCACCAUAAUUCAAUCUCUUAUCUGAUCCCAAAUCCAUACCAUCGCAUUUCCCAACACCCAUAAAUUGGAUGAGCCUCGUGUUCCUCUUGCUUUGUGUACCCAUGUGUCCUUCCCUCUAAGUUCUUUCAAUCUCUAUAUGCUUCAGUUUCUCCCACUUCUUCCAUAUCUCUCCAUGGCCCAAACUUCACCAUCUCCCUCUGCUGGUACUCCCAGUCAGGAGACACAAGAACCCACAGUAGACUUGAACCUCAUGAUCAUCGUGGCAGCCUUGUUGUGUGCCUUGGUUUGUGUCUUAGGUCUUCACUCCAUGCUACAAUGCGUAUUACAAUGCACCCAUCGUACCCUGACCGAGCCAAGGGAAUGGGUGGCCUCCCGUAGACUGAACUCGGGUCUUAAGAAGAAAGAAAUGGUAGCUUUACCAACUUUGACCUAUGCAAAUUCAGGGUCACCGUCAUCAGCUUCAGGUUGCGCAAUUUGCCUUGCAGAUUUCUCGAAAGGUGACAAAAUACGGAUGCUUCCCAAAUGCAACCAUGGUUUCCACGUUGCGUGCAUCGAUAAAUGGCUGCUCUCUCACUCUUCCUGUCCUACUUGCCGGUAUAGGCUCAACUCCAAUAACGACCAAAUUGUUACAGACUUUUAAAGCGUGUAGCAGAAUAGAACUAUUGUUAUUCUUAAUUCCUUUCUUGUUAGUUGCUUUUCCGCCGACAAUUUCUGGUUCUGUUUUUGGGGGCAAAUGUUAUAAUAAGUCCCGUUUGUAUUUUUGUAGCAA